UCCAGCUCGGUUCUGCUUUCUUUGUCUGUCUUGAUUAACCUUCAUCACCAUCGUUUCUCUCUCUGUCUCGUUUCCCUCUAGGGUUUCUUCGCAUUCAAUUAAGCUUUGACGUCUCCUAUCUUUGUCCAAUUAGCCGAUAUGAAGCUCACCGUUAAAACUCUGAAAGGCAGCCAUUUCGAAAUUAGGGUUCAGCCCACCGAUACAGUAAUGGCUGUGAAGAAGAAUAUUGAAGAUGUGCAAGGAAAGGACAAUUACCCUUGUGGGCAGCAACUAUUGAUUCACAAUGGGAAAGUAUUGAAAGAUGAAACUACAUUGGCAGAAAAUAAGGUCACUGAAGAUGGUUUUCUUGUUGUCAUGCUUAGCAAGAGUAAAACUUCAAGUUCAACCGGGACCUCAUCCUCAUCUGCCCAGCCUGCUGCUGUAACUCCACCUACAACUGCAGCAACUCCUAAUUUAACUCCUGCAGCUGAAGUUCAAGCACCGAUCUCAAAGAGCACAACAUCAGCUUCUGAAACAGCAACAGCUACUGCACAAACUGAUACCUAUGGUCAAGCUGCUUCAAAUUUAGUUGCUGGCAGUAAUCUUGAGCAAACUAUUCAACAAAUAAUGGAUAUAGGCGGUGGCAAUUGGGACAAAGAAACAGUUACACGUGCUCUUCGAGCUGCCUAUAACAAUCCAGAACGAGCAGUGGAUUACUUGUAUUCUGGAAUCCCAGAGACUGCGGAAGUUGCUGUCCCUCGUUUUGCUGCAGGUCAGGCAACUGACACUGGUGCAUCUCCUACUGCACCUGCAUCUGGAGCACCUAACACAUCUCCCUUGAACAUGUUUCCUCAGGAGACACUUUCUGCCGGAGGUGGCAGCGGCGGCACCGGCGGACUUGGAUCCCUUGAUUUCCUUAGAAACAAUCAACAGUUUCAAGCAUUGCGUUCAAUGGUUCAAGCAAAUCCUCAAAUUUUACAGCCUAUGCUUCAGGAGCUUGGAAAGCAAAACCCACAACUGUUAAGAAUGAUUCAAGAGCAUAAUGCAGAAUUUCUUCAGUUAAUAAAUGAACCUCUUGAAGGUUCUGAAGGGGAUAUAUUUGAUCAGGUUGACCAAGAUAUGCCUCAUGCUAUCAAUGUCACCCCAGCUGAACAGGAGGCUAUUGAACGGCUUGAGGCAAUGGGAUUUGAUAGAGCCCUAGUCAUUGAGGCAUUUUUGGCAUGCGAUCGCAAUGAGGAAUUGGCAGCUAAUUACCUGUUGGAAAAUGCUGGAGAUUUUGAGGAUUGACAUGAGAACUUUACCCAGUCGGGUUCAUAGUUUUUUUGAUUUAUUUUUCUUAUAGAUGGUUCAGUGUCCUUUUGAGCUUUUUUAUUAGUGUUUGGUUAUUGCAUUGCUAACCCUGACCAGUGACCACGAUUCCUAAAAGUAAUUUUGAGAAUGUGUUAUGGCAUGCUGUUUGAUAUCGGCGUCAAAGAUUAUCUUGGUCUCUAGAUUACACCUGUACGCAUUCAUAAGUGUCCUGACAUAUUAUUGUAGUUUGAAGUAGUUUCAUGAUUUAUCUCAUUGUAAUUAUCUGCAAU